AUGAAUACGAAGGAUAGAGUGGGGAAAAGGAAUGGAACAAACAAAAAAUUCAAGGGACGGAAUGGGACAUCUGUAUCUCCCAAUGAAUUGGAAUCAGAGGACUGGGGAGACUGGGGGUCACCUUGGGAUCCUACACCGCGCAAACCCCUUAAAAUUGAAGAUAUGGAUUUAGAAAAAUCCUAUGUCAAGGAAGUAAAGGAGUUUGAAAAAAUUGUGGAGAAUGAACUUGAGUUGGAAGAGGACGAAAGCGAGCAGCCUCAACGCCGACCACGUUGGAAGCAUCAGGGAAAAGAGCCACUAACCGAUAUCUCCAAGCUCAUUGAGAUGGAAUGGGAUGCAAGAGAGCCUGACUUAGAUCCAGCAGAUUUGAAAGCGCAAAUUGAUCGAUGCAAGGAAAGAAUAGAUGAUAAUAUUGUGCCAUCUUUCUUUGAAGAUCGCCUAAAGCUGCUUGAAGCAGAAAAUUCAGAAAUACUAGAAAUUCAGAAAUCAGAAAAGGGAGUACAUGGGUUGAGCAUGGACGUUCUUACAAGAAUAGCGCAACUUCGAGAAACCAAAGCUGCCCUUGAGAACAACGGGGGCGGAUCGACAAACCAACUUCCUAAUGUUGAUGCAAUUUUAGCUGCAUACCGAAACAAGAGCCUUGAUUGGACCGGACUAGUCACAUACUGGUCGGAAGGGAAGCAGCUUUGUCAACCUAGGCUUUUUGAUUGGGAUGAAUUUGAAGCAAUCAAUGAUACCUACAAUGGAUCCAAAAGUUUUUGGGUAGAGGGGUUUAGUGAUUUAAGUCCUAGGUUGGCGUAUGCAAAUAGAAGGAUACCUGCUCUGAGGAGACGUGCGUUAGCAUACGGGACAGUGGAAAAUGUCUUGCAUUUUUAUACACUCGCACUUCGAAUCCCUGGUCGAAAUUGGUGGACUGACCUUGAGUUUCUGUAUGACACAGGGGCUUCGGAUUUGCUGCUUUUCAGGGCAGAUAUAGAUCUCAUUGCAGGACCAAUCCGUAACCCUGCAUUACGUAUAAUCGAGGAAAACACUGUCUAUGGGAUUAUCGGGGAUAUGACCACUCCGGUUGUUGAACUCGAGGUUACCAUACUUGAUACCCGGGGACGCAGAAUCGGCCCAUGGAUUCGUGUUCCAGGUCGCAUUGAUGAAAGAGCUGGUGUGAACGGCCGAACCCCAGGAACUCGAGGAAAUCCUCGAUUGGAUGGAGGAGUCCUCAGGCAGUUCUUUUACUACAUGACCAGCCCCGAUAAUGACAUAACUCUUACCAUAGCCAAAAGUCGCCUUGGCAUGUUUCCUCUUGCUGGUGGUCUCGGCGAGCAGGAACGUUUAGAUCUCAUUGAGAACACUAGGCAAUAUGAACCAAUUGUGCCAGCCAGAGAAUAUGCACUUGGACGCCUUGAUGCGGAUGGGGUUCGUGAGAUUCUACAGACUCGCCGAGACUUUCCACGAGCGGCAUAA